UCAUAUCAUAAAUGAAUUUGUAAAAGAAAGAGAGAAAAAAACAGCAUAAUUCAAUACAAUGCUGCAAUCAAAUUUACAGUCAAUGAAGUGGAGCAACUUUUAUUUGGACUCCAGAUUAUCAGCAAGAAUGGUGUCUUCUUCAACUAAUCAGAAGAUGAAUAUCGUUACUAAUGAGUUGGUUGAGCAGCAUGAGGAAACUACUAAUGAUCUUAUGCUUAGUAACCGGAAAAAUACAGGCUUUCUAUACACGAGACGAAAGACGGUGAUGGGAAAGCAAAAUGUGAAGGAAGUGAAGAGAAAUGAAGCGGAAGUAGUGGUGGUAAAUCCAAAAGUGAGGAAAGGGUUAACAUCAAUGGCUAUUGACUGGAUUGAAAGUUUGAUCGUUAGGUACAUGUAUGACUCCUCUGUAGAUCAUCAUUGGCUUUCUGGUAACUUUGCUCCGGUGCUUGACGAGGCUCCUCCUUGUACUAAUCUCCCUGUCAUUGGACAUCUUCCGGAUUGUCUGAAUGGUGCGUUUCUUCGGGUUGGUCCAAAUCCUAAAUACCCCCCUGUGGCUGGUUAUCACUGGUUUGACGGAGAUGGCAUGAUUCAUGGAUUACGCAUUAAAGAUGGAAAUGCUACUUAUGUUUCUCGUUAUGUGAAAACAUCUCGUCUGAAACAAGAAGAGACUUAUGGAGGAGCCAAAUUUAUAAAGGUCGGAGAUCUUAAGGGACUAUUUGGGCUACUUAUGCUUAACAUGCAAAUUCUCAGAGAAAAAUUGGAAGUAUUGGAUAUGUCAUAUGGAUAUGGAACAGCUAAUACGGCUAUGAUUUAUCAUCAUGGUAAACUUAUGGCUCUUUCUGAGGGUGAUAAACCGUAUGUCAUUGGAGUGAAGGAAGAUGGAGAUUUGCAAACCCUGGGUUUGCUGGAUUUUGACAAGCGGCUAACACAUUCAUUCACUGCCCAUCCAAAGGUCGACCCAUGUACCGGUAAAUGUAAAGCCACUGUCCAGGAUAUGUUUCAUGAGGGUUUUUGGAAUCACUCGUUUGAUAACAAUGUUUUUAAUGAAGGUGAAAUGUUUACCUUCGGCUAUUCACAAACACAUCCAUACUUAACAUACAGGGUGAUCUCGAAAGAUGGUUUUAUAAAUGAUCCAGUGACAAUAACAUUACCACGCCCUGUAUUGAUGCAUGACUUUGCCAUUACUGAAAAUUACGUGAUUAUUAUGGACCUACCGCUGUACAUAAAACCCAAGGAAAUGGUGAAGGAAAAGAAGCUGAUAUUCACAUUUGAUGCAACUAAAAAGGCCCGGUUUGGUGUCCUUCCACGAUAUGCUAAGAAUGACUCGCUGAUUAAAUGGUUUGAGCUCCCAAAUUGCUUUAUAUUCCAUAACGCCAAUGCGUGGGAGGAAGGAGAUGAUGUUGUUUUAAUCACUUGCCGUGUAGAGAAUCCAGACUUUACCAUGAAUAAUGAGAGUAUGAAUGGGAAGCUCGAGGAUUCUAAUAAUGAAUUGUUUGAGAUGAGAUUUAACAUGAAGAGCGGUCGAGCUUCCCAGAAGAAACUCUCUGCAUCUGCUGUUGAAUUUCCUCGGAUAAAUGAGAGCUAUACUGGACGGAAACAACGGUAUGUAUAUGGAACUGUAUCGAAUCACUUUGCAAAGGUCAGUGGGAUCGUCAAAUUUGAUUUGCACAUGAACCCCGAAAUGGGAAAAAGAAAGAUUAAAGUUGGAGGAAACAUUCAGGGAAUUUUUGACCUGGGACCUGGUAUAUUUGGUUCAGAGGCCAUCUUCAUUCCUCGUAAGCCCAACAUUACUUCUGAAGAAGAUGAUGGCUACUUGAUUCAUUUUCUACAUAAUGAGAACACUGGAAAAUCAGCCAUAAAUGUGAUUGAUGCAAGAACAAUGUCACCUGAUCCCGUUGCAGUUGUUGAAUUACCAUACAGAGUUCCUUACGGAUUUCAUGCCUUAUUUAUGAGCGAGGAACAACUUCAAGAACAAGCUGAACUGUAAAAUGGUGAAAGCUUGAGAGUUCCGGACAACUUGUGUGACAAGACCUCCAUAAAUAUCUUACAUUUUAAAUAUUUUAUAUAAUGACAGUUUCUAAGAAGGGAGGUUUAUAGCAAUGCAUAAUGCAUUCUUAAGUUUGUGUUGUACCAGUAAAAAAAUAUAUGAAUUACAUAUUUCGUAAGAAUACAAAUUUUUUUGAGAUCAAUCCUCUGUGAUUUAUAUUCCUCAUGUUUUAAAUUACUUAUGUAAUAAGAGUUUUCACAAAGAGAGGUUUAUAGCAGGUAGGU